GCCCCGACCAAGUCCAAACUCGCCAAAUCUCCUUCCAAACCACGCCAAACUCGCCAGCCCACCAAGCCUGUCGCCGAAGCACACCCCAAGCCUGCGACUAAACCCAUCUCCUCUUUCUUCAACUCUGCUACACAGCCUCAUCGCCCUUCGCCUCAGCACUCGACUGCGCCAACAUCGGACAAGCCAGCCUCCCAGGACAUAGACAUCGACGACGACGACAUCGAAGCCGAUGAUGCUAUCCUGUCUCAGACUUCCCGCAUUGCCCAAGCUUUGCGCAAGAGGAAGCUGAUCACAGACGACAUUGCUGAUACGAAUCGAAACGGCCCACCACCACCCUCGCAGAAGUUCCGCAAAGUCUCUGCCGCCACCAAGCUUCCCACAAACUCGGCACCCGUUCCCACCGACACAAGACCAUGGACCGAACGCUUCGCUCCAGUCGACUUGUCCGAGCUUGCUGUGCACAAGAGAAAGAUUACAGAUGUCCGCAAUGUCCUAGAAUCCGCUUUGUCUGAUCGAGCCACGCCGAGAUUGAUUGUUCUGAAAGGCGCCGCCGGUACUGCCAAAACAACUACUGUCAGCCUUCUGGCCAAAGAGAUGGGCAUUGGUAUAACUGAGUGGAAGAGCCCCGUCGGCACUGAUGCUGCGAGCAGUGCUUUCACUUCGUAUUCGAGCCAGUUCGAAGACUUUGUCCUAAGGAGCGGCAACUUUGCACGUCUUGAUCUAGUCUCUACUUAUGGCACGGCUCAACCAGCUCCUACCGCAAAGGAUCAUGCUAAACAGAUCAUGCUCGUUGAAGAAUUUCCCAAUACCUUUGCCAAGUCCUCACCAGCUCUGCAAGCCUUCAGGAACACCAUCCUGCAGUACUUGGCCGCACCGUCAUCGUCCAGUCCCGCACCUAUGGUUAUGGUCAUCUCGGAAGCCCUGCUCUCGACCACGACUGCCUCUGCCGACAGUUUCACUGCUCAUCGUCUGCUCGGUCCUGCUAUUUUGAAUCACCCAAGGACCGCCCCGAUCGAAUUUAACAACAUCGCUCCCACUAUUCUGACGAAAGCAUUGGACACGAUCGUCAUCAAGGAAUCUCGCAAGUCAGGCAGGCGUUUUGCUCCCGGUCCUGCUGUGCUCAAACAUUUGUCCGAGACUGGCGAUAUCCGAAGCGCUGUAUCCUCUCUCGAGUUCCUGUGCCUUGCGGGGGACGAUAGUGGUGCCUGGUCAUCAAAAGUCGCUUUCACAAAACCCAAGGGUCGUGCUGAAGCUGCUCUGACCAAGAAAGAACAAGAAGCUCUGAAGUUGAUCAGCAACCGCGAGAGUAGUCUUGGCAUAUUUCAUGCUGUCGGUAGAGUAGUGUACAACAAACGCGUUGACCCUCCUAGCCCUGUCCCUCAACCUCCGACAUACCUACCCCAACAUCGGAAGCCAAAAGUCCCGGAACACGAUCCUAACAACUUGAUCGAUGAAGUCGGCACUGAUACGUCAACAUUUGUCGGUGCUCUACAGGAAAAUUACGCCUUGUCUUGCUCGUCCUCUUUGAGUGAAGAUGCACUGGAUUCGUUGAACGGCUGUAUCGAUGCUCUAUCCGACUUUGACAUGUUAUCAUGCGAUCGAUUCGGCUUUGGAACACGAAUGUCGUCUGGUUCUGCUCAAGACAAUCUUCGUCAGGAUGACAUGUCCUUCCAGACGGCGGUUCGUGGUCUUCUGUUCUGGCUACCCACUCCGGUCAACAGGCUAGCAGGCUUGCCACAAGGAGCCAAGCGCGGCGAUGAGUUCAAAAUGUUCUUCCCAUCGAGCUCCAAGCUGUGGAAGGAAAGAGAAGAAUUUGAGGGCACCUUAGAAGGUGUGGUAUCGACGAUGCACAAUCUGGCUGUUGGCUCGAGUUCGGAGUCGACAUCUACGAGCACAGAAGGCGUGGCAGCGUGGAAGCGCCAGCAGACAUCGGAUGUGGCUUUACAAGACGAUCAAGAUGCAGCUGUGACGACUACACCGCUCUCAAACACCCUUUUGAGCUCUGGCGCAAAGACAGAGUUGCUGCUUGAGCGUCUGCCCUUCGCCUCCCAGAUAUUGCCUCGGCAAAGAGACGUUCCACAAUCGCUUAUCAAGGGCAUACAAACUCUGACACGCAUUUCUGCCUCGAACCCUGUGUCUACCAGUCUCGAAGAUGCAGCGCUGGAAGGGAUGGAGGACAACGAGCUGGAUAUGCAGCAAUUAGAGUGGACAGAUCGUCCAGAUGUAGAGUCUGCCAUUACGAAAAGAAGCAAGAAGCAGCAAAGCCAAAAGGGCGAGUUCGAGGGAGGUGGACUGCAUAUACCCGUCGAGCACGCGGUCGAGAAGCUCGUGCUGAGCGAUGAUGACAUCGAGGAUUGA